CUCCUCAAAAUCCUCGAUUCUUCUGCCUCUCUCCGUCUGUGUCUAUUAUUGUUCGAAUUGCUCCUCCUCGUCUCCGUCACCCGGCGGCGAUCUCCGUCAGGUCGCCGUUAUAACGGCGUGAGAGGACGGACUCUGGUCACCUUCCCCGGACUCUUAGUCUAGCUUGUUUUCCCCUCCACAUUUCCGUUACGUCUGUUCGUUUUGUUCCGUCCUUUUAUUAUUAUUUAAAGACCACUUUGGGUGGUCUACUCUUCUCUUUCGGCGUGCUGACGUGGCGAGAGCAGGAAGGGUUGGGAUGACCAGCCACGCCCGUGGCCCUGGGACGCUUGGCGCGCCGAGGAAGCGGAAGGAGCGCGACGCGUCCGGCCCUGCCCGUCCCCAGCUGGCGAGCUCGGCUGAGCCGGCUAAGGACGACAACCGGCUCCUGGCCGGCUACCUGGCGCACGAGUUCCUCACGAGGGGAACGCUGCUCGGGAAGAGGCUCGGGCCGGACCGGGCCGACCCGGGAAAGAGGCCGCCUGAGUCGGGCCCGGCCGAGCCGGUGGGGACGUACAAGGAGGCCUCGUAUUUGUUGAUGCGGGGCGGGGCUCACGUGCCUGGCGUGGUCAACCCCACGGAACUGGCUCGGUGGCUCCAGAUGUGAUAAGGAAGGACACGUGGAGAUCAUCCCGUGGGGACGUACUGCAUGUCAUCGUCCUCGAGCCGGUAAGUGACAAGAAUUUGCCGAUGAAGGACGACGUUCGACUGUUUCCAUCUCGUUUGGGUUCGUCGGUGUCUACUUUCUCGGUGAUGUUUCAUUGGAGAUGGCAGGAUUGUUAGUCCUGUAUUCCUUCUCUCUUUUCUGUGUUUGCUCGCAUUGAUUUGCCUCGGAAUGAUGGAAACCCUAUUCUCUC